AUGGCCUCUGCCUGGACCGAAGAGGAUGCGUUUGUGUGCUCCGUAUGCCUGGACACGCUGAAGGAGCCGGCCACUCUGCCCUGUGGACAUUCGUACUGCUUGGCUUGUAUCAAGAGUCACUGGGACAAGAAAGACACCAAGGGUCAGUACAGCUGCCCUCAGUGCAGGCAGGUCUUCAACCCCCGGCCCUCGCUGGCCAAGAGCACCGUCCUUGUAGAGGCUAUGGAGAAACUGAGAACCAGCAGCCUCAAGCAGAGGCCCUCACCAGCUUCCUCCUCGGCCCCGCCGUCAGUGCCCAUGUACCUGGAGGUCCUACCACACACAGGGCCACCGCAGAGCAGCAUGUACCCCCAGCUCCCCACAGUGGAGCCCAGGACCUGCCCGCAGCACAACCGACCCCUGGACCGGUUCUGCCCCGAAGACAAGGAGUGCGUUUGUGAGGCGUGUUGCCAGCAUGGACACCGCGGACACCGUGUGGUGAAACCCCAGGAGGAGAGACAGGAAAGACAGAAAGAGCUUGUUCAGAUGCAGGCAGAGGUACAGAAGAGACUCGCUGUGACUGAAAGGACUCUUUUAGAGCUGCCACAUGCUGCUCGCCAGCACAAGGCUCUGGUUCAGGCUCUACAGCAAGAGAGUGCAGAUUAUUUCUCAGAGCUCGUCAAGACUGUGAAUGUAACAGGCACCCAGGUCGGUGAGCUCCUUAGUGGCCAUGAGACCUCUUUAGGUAGUGGGGUUGAGGUGCAGUUCCAAAAACUGGAGCAGGAGGUGGUACAGCUGCGCUGGAAGAGCGAGGAGCUGAGCAGACUGGCCGACAUGCAGGAUCACAUCUGCUUCUUAAAGAACUUCCUGAUCAUCGAACCAUUGGAUCAGACAAGUGCGACAGGAGAGUCUGUGCUGAAUCAGGAGGAAGCGGUGGUCGCCUCCAUCCGCUCAGUGGUGAAAGAACUACGGGAGUCUGUACAGGACCUCUGUAAAACCAGCCUGACCAAGAUCUCGACUUUAGUUAAUAAUGACUCUGAGGCGUCAGCAUCCAUUGACGUGGUAGACCUUCCAGCCAUAGAAACCGGUGCUCAGGUUCCCACACAAAACACAGCAUGUGAAACGACAGCAGACCCUCCACCUUUGGUACUUCCACGACCUCAAGCUUCAGCUCCUGGACAUGAAGCUUCAGCUCCUCCUCCAAACCUCCUUCCUCCUCUGCCUCAAGCACUUCCUGGAGCAGCAGCGGAACAUGUGAAUCCAGAACCCAAGUCCAGAGAAGAAUUACUGAAAUUUCGCUUUGAACCCACCAUGGACCCCAACACGGCGUAUCGCCACGUGCUGCUGUCGGAUGGAGAUCGCAAGGCCACGCUGCGAGCCGAGAACCUGAGUCCACCGGACCACCCGGAGCGCUUCCAGUUCUGGAGGCAGGUGCUUUGCAGAGAGCCCCUGGGCGGGAGUCCUUACUACUGGGAGGUGGAGUGGACCAGCCAGAAGUUUACCAUCGGCGUGGCCUACAAGGAGAUGGACCGGAAAGGUUCUGAUGACAAGAGCCGUUUGGGUCACAAUCCGAUGUCCUGGAGCCUGUACUGGUCCGGGACGGGCUUCUCCUUCUGGCACGGCGGCAAAGAGCAGCUGCUCGGCUCCACCAAGGCCAAGCGUAUUGGAGUCUAUGUUGAUCAGCACGCGGGGAUUCUGUCCUUUCAUCGCAUCAGCAACAACCAGGCGACUCUCAUCCACAGGCACCAGACCCAGUUCACGGGCCCACUGUACCCAGGGUUCAGGUUCUGGACGGGCGUAGGGGCCACAGUGACCAUCUGCAAAUUGGAUUAAAGUGUCUGAGCAGGGAGCUUUUUUGGUGUUUUUUGUUUUUUUAAGAAAUUAUAAAAAUCUUGUUUUUUGCACCAACCUUUGUUGUUAUGAGUCUUCACGUGUCUUGAUAAUUUAAUAAAGGAGUAAUCUAAGAAUAA